CCUCUGUCUCUUGUCCCCCUCCCUCCCUCCCCCUCCCCCCCUCUCGUGGUAGAAAUCGCACACUGGGUUCUUGUGAUUCAGUUGUAUAUCGGACCCAGACACUCUUGCUAGUCAAUUUGGAGGGGCGAAUGGGAACAACUUCCGGGGUAUAGCAGAUUUCUGAAAAUGAAGGUGAAGAAUUUCAGGAAAAGAAGUGUAGAGGCCGAGGACGAGGACGAAGACCACGCGAGGAGAUCGGCUUUGGCCUUAGAGGAGGUAAAAUUCCUUCAGAGACAGAGAGAGAAGAAGUUGGGAAUACCGGCUCUGGUAACCUCGGCUUUGUCUGCUUCUGCUGGGGCCGGUGUCACCCACGGCAGCACGGGUGGUUUGGCUCGCAAUGUUAAUGAUAAGAGUGAAGGUGAUGUUGAGAAGGACGACUUGGUUUUGCAGGACACUUUCGCUCAAGAAACUGCUGUCAUGGUCGAGGACCCCAAUAUGUUGAGAUAUGUGGAACAAGAAUUGGCAAAGAAAAAGGGCAAGAAUAUUGAUGUAGAAAAUCAAGUUGAAAGUGAUGUUAAGCGUGCUGAGGAUGAGUUGUAUAAAAUUCCAGAGCAUCUGAAGGUGAAGAGGAGAAGUUCACAAGAAAACUCUACUCAGUGGACAACAGGGAUUGCCGAAGUUCAGCUUCCCAUAGAGUACAAAUUAAGAAAUAUUGAAGAAACAGAGGCUGCAAAAAAGCUCUUGCAAGAGAAGAGGUAUGUGGGUCGUGCUAAAGCAGAGUCCAGCAUUCCCUCAAGUUUCAGUUCCGACUUUUUCCAGCAUGGCAAGGACUAUGCUGAGAAACAUAGAAAAGAACAUCCACAGCUUUACAAGGAUAAGGGUGGAGAUGGUCCGGAAUCUAGACAUGCUGAUUCACUUCCAGAUGCUGCAAGUCGAAGGCAAGCUGCCACUGAUGAAUUCAUGCUGGAGCGCUUCCGGAAACGAGAAAGACAACGUCUCGUACGGAGAUAGCUUGAGUACUUGGAGCUCUGGAGUAAAUGGAGGACAUUUUUUGGCCUUCAUCAUGGUGGUUUCUGCUUCUAUUCACUUCAUUCUUGUUUCCUUUGCACAAGAAAAGAGCAAAAGGCGGGACACCUUGGCUUGCAUCCAACCCUCUUUUCUGUUCACCAGUUUCUCUUCCAAGUUUGUGGAGAACUGGAGAUACUCUCAAUAAACUUGUUGCACUUUUUGUCCUCUUAUUUGCUGGAGGUAGCAACUCCCUAAUGGGUGGUUUGUAAACGUCAUUGGACGCAACGCUAAUGAAUACUUUUAACGCUUCCAUUACUUGUCAUGAUGUGAAUAAGAUUGGAUUAACAUUGUGAUAAAUGGUUACCUGUUUACAUUAGCUUAUUUGAAA